AUGGCAACUCCUUCACCUCACUUAGUUUCUCUUCUUCAAAGUAAACUUGAUACACUAAUAGGGAAGAAAUCAAGUUACAUCGAAAAUUUAUCUGAACCUGUUAAGAAACGAGUAAAUGCAUUGAAGUAUUAUCAACAAGAACACGCGAAAUUAGAAGCAAAAUUUCAACAAGAGAUUUUAGCUGUUGAAAAAAAAUACUCGGAACUAUAUAAACCUUUAUAUGAUGUUCGUUCAAAAAUUGAUACUAUCAAAGAAAAAGAUAUUAAAGAAAAGAAAAUUGAUACUAAGGGAGAAGACACUGAAAAGAAUGACGCUAAAGAAAAUGAUACUGAGAAGAAUGAUAUCGAAGAAAAAGGUACUGAAGAAAAAGAUACUGAAAAAGGUACUGAAGAAAAAGAUACUGAAGAAAAAGAUACUGAAAAAGGUACUCUAGCAAAAGAUACUGAAGAAAAAGAUACUGAAAAAGGUACUCUAGAUAAAGAUACCGAAAAGGAUAAAAAAACACAAGAAGUUUGCAAUCCUAGUAAAGGAAUUCCUGAAUUUUGGCUUACAGCCAUGAAAAACGUAGAAAGUAUUGAAAACUUGAUUACUGAGCAAGAUGAAGAAGCAUUAAAACAUCUGGUUGAUAUUAGAAUGUUAUAUCUUGAAGAAAAACCAGGGUUUAAAUUAGAAUUUGAAUUUGACGAAAAAAAUCCUUUCUUUACAAACAAAACUUUAUCAAAAACCUAUUAUUAUCAAGAAGAACCUGGGUAUGGUGGUGAUUUUAUUUACGAUCACGCUGAAGGCGAAAAAAUAAAUUGGAGGCUAGGAAAAAAUCUUACUGUUAAAAUAGAAACAAAAAAACAAAAACAUAAAAGUACAAAAAAAUCUCGUAUAGUGAAAACUACAGUACCAGUAGAUUCAUUCUUUAAAUUUUUCAGUCCACCAAUCCCACCAAAAUUAAAAGAUAAACUUAUUCCUCAUGCUAUCGAUUGGUACACUGGCAAAGCUUUAAAAUAUGAGGAAACAUUUGAUUAUAGCAGCAAUUGGAAAGAGCGGGAAAAAAUACCCGAAUGUAAACAACAAUGA